AUGACCACCGACAAUUUCACAAACGUCACGGAGUUUAUGACUACCCAGAGGAGUCUGGCUGAGCUCAACUUCCGCUUCGACGCACUGACUCUCAACAUAGACCAGUUCUACCAGAUAGUCUUUAGUAUCAUGAUUCUCUUGUUGACCAUGGGCUUUGCUUUUAUCGAAGCCGGCAGUGUUAGAGCCAAAAACACCCAAAACAUAAUCCUCAAGAACUACCUGGACGGCUUCGUGGCAGGCAUAUCCUACUGGGCUAUCGGCUGGGCAUUUGCUUACGGCUACGGCAACGGAUUCAUUGGCUGGUUUGACUUUGCGUCGUCCUACGUGCCCAAUGAGAAAAUGUCCAACUACUUCUACCAGCUCAUGUUUGCUUCAACCUCCUGCACCAUUGUGUCAGGGGCUUUGGCUGAAAGAUGUGAAUUUGUCGCGUACUUGAUUUACAGUUUCGUUCUGACUGCUUUUGUGUACCCAUUGUGUAGUCGCUGGGGAUGGUCACAGUACGGCUUCCUUCACAUUGGACAUGAUUUCGACAUUGAUGGCAAAAUCAUGCAUGUCAAAUACGAGGAUUUUGGUGGUAGCGGUGUUGUCCAUCUUGUGGGGGGAACUACGGCCUUUGUUGGUGCCUGGUUACUUGGUCCACGUAUUGGAAGAUUCCAUAAAGAGACUGGAGCCGUUAUUCCCAUCAGAGGACAUUCAGUUCCACUUGCUGGCAUUGGUGCCUUCGUCCUUGUGUUUGGGUUCAUGGCCUUCAACGCUGCCUCCCAAGGUCACAUAACUGAACCAGGAGAUGGUGCCGCCAUCAGCAUGGCUGCUUUCAACACUGCCAUCUCCUCCAGUAUGGGAGCCUUCACCUCCAUGUUUGCACACAGGUAA